UACGGUUGAGGGAACAACCGACCAUUCUCCUCCUCUUCGUGUAAUUGCCUCGAGAUCCCAACGCCUCCUCCUCCUCCUCCAAUCCCUCCUCCCACCCCGCGGUUGCGCCUCGCCUGUUCAAGAUGUCGCAUGGCGACAGUAUCCCAUUCCAUUCCUCCUCCCAGUCGGACAUCGACGAGAUCGAGAACCUCAUCAACUCCGACGCCCUCUCCGCCACCGUCCCCACCGCCCGCCCUCCCAGCCCUCCCCGCGCAUCCUUCCCCUCCGCCGCCCUUGCCCCUCCGUACCAGAAGGUGCCACGCUCCUUCUCCCUGCCACUUCCUCCACCGCCAGUCGACCCCUCCGCCGCCGGCCCACGCCCGGGUGGUGGGGUUGCCGCUGACGGCUUCGGUUCGCCGACGGACACCCUCACCGAGCCCGUGUUGGAUACGGUAAAGCGGGAUCUAACGCGGAUCGUUAUCAAUCUGAAACUGGUGGUGUUCCCCAAUCCGUUCAGAGAGGAUCCCGGGAAGGCGCUGAGGGAUUGGGAUCUAUGGGGGCCCUUCUUCUUCAUCAUCUUCCUCGGGCUCACCCUGUCAUGGUCGGCGUCCGUGAAGAAGUCCCAAGUCUUUGCCGUUGCAUUUGCGGUCCUUGCUGCCGGUGCCGUGAUCCUGACGAUGAACGUUUUGCUUCUGGGUGGGCGCAUCAUCUUCUUUCAGAGUCUGAGUCUUCUUGGCUACUGCCUCUUCCCUUUGGACAUUGGAGCUCUAAUUUGCUCGCUGAAAAUUAAUGUUGUAGUCAAGAUAAUUGUGGUGUCAAUAACAUUGGCAUGGAGCUACUGGGCAGCAUAUCCAUUUAUGAGCGCCGCGGUUGAUCCAAGAAGAAAGGCAUUGGCCCUCUACCCGGUUUUCCUCAUGUAUAUAUCUGUUGGCUUUUUUAUCAUCGCAAUAGAUUAGGGAAUCAGGAGAUGAUGA